CUCAUUCCCCUCAAGUUGGGCCGAAGCGGUGCAGUGCCCUGAGCCUGGGCCCUCUCCGCCAUGCCCCCCAAGAAACAGGCUCCGGCUGGGGGCAACAAGAAGGCGGAGCAGAAAAAGAAGGAGAAAAUCAUUGAGAUCUUUUUUGAUGUUUCUCAUUUAGGACAAAACUUUUGGUUUGAAGAAUAAGAAAGGGGCAAAGCAACAGAAGUUCAUCAAGGCUGUGACUCAUCAAGUUAAAUUUGGUCAACAAAAUCCACGACAGAGGCCAUCUUUUGUAUUAAAAAAAAAAAUGAGGACCAGGGACUUCAACAAAACUAACCAACAUAUUAAAGAAAUCUAACUCUACAUGCAGUGUUCCAUGUGCUAUUCCUCUGCAAGAAAGAAGGCUGCACAAAAUGAAGGUGAUAAGAAAUUAAAGAAAGAUGACAAGAAGAAAGAGCUUCAGGAGUUAAAUGAACUAUUCAAACCUGUAGUUGCUGCUCAGAAAAUAAGUAAAGGUGCAGAUCCCAAAUCUGUAGUAUGUGCAUUCUUUAAGCAAGGGCAGUGUACUAAAGGAGAUAAAUGUAAGUUCUCCCAUGAUUUGUCUCUGGAAAGAAAAUGUGAAAAACGAAGUGUUUAUAUAGAUGCACGAGAUGAAGAACUUGAAAAGGAUACCAUGGAUAAUUGGGAUGAGAAAAAGCUGGAAGAAGUAGUGAACAAGAAGCAUGGUGAGGCGGAAAAGAAAAAACCAAAAACUCAAAUAGUGUGCAAGCACUUUCUUGAUGCUAUUGAAAACAACAAAUAUGGCUGGUUUUGGGUUUGCCCUGGAGGUGGUGAUAAUUGUAUGUACCGUCAUGCUCUUCCUCCUGGUUUUGUAUUAAAAAAAGAUAAGAAGAAAGAAGAAAAAGAAGAUGAAAUUUCAUUAGAAGAUCUAAUUGAAAGAGAGCGUUCUGCUUUAGGACCAAAUGUUACCAAAAUCACUUUAGAGUCUUUUCUUGCAUGGAAGAAAAGGAAAAGACAAGAAAAGAUUGACAAACUUGAGCAAGAUAUGGAAAGAAGAAAAGCAGACUUUAAGGCAGGAAAAGCACUAGUGAUCAGUGGCCGCGAAGUUUUUGAAUUUCGUCCUGAACUGGUUGAUGAUGAUGAUGAAGAAGCAGAUGAUACUCGAUAUACUCAAGGAACUGGUGGUGAUGAGGUUGAAGACCUAAUAAGAAUAAAUGAUAUAGAUUUGAGCCAGUAUGUCCCAAAGGAUGUGGAUGAGACUGGUAUUACUGUGGCUAGUCUUGAAAGAUUCAGUACAUAUACUUCCAUAGAGAAGGAUGAUAAUAAAUUGAGUGAAGCUUCAGGAGGUGGGGCAGAAAAUGGAGAACAAAGUGAUUUGGAAGAAAAUAAUGAAGAACAGGAAAAUGGAGUGAUUGGUGCUGUUCCUGUUGAUGAAAACCUUUUUACUGGAGAGGAUUUGGAUGAACUUGAAGAAGAAUUAAACACACUUGAUUUAGAGGAAUGACAGCAAGCAAGUCAGAUGAAAAAAUUGUCAGCUCAGCAUAAAUUGAAAUUGACUACAUUAAUUUUUUUCUCCUGUCUAGAAUUCUUAAACAAGAUGUUUAUGGUUUCUCACACUGAUUUCAGGAGGGUACCCCCUCCUUCAGUCCCUCCCCCUCCCCCAAAAAAAGGAAUAUUCUCCCUUAUCACCUCUAUUCUGACCUUGACUACACCUCUAUAGUAAGUUCAGAGUAGGUCAUAAGUAAUCUGAAAUAUAAUGGUCAUUACAGAAAAGAUUUUGUAAAUAAUUGAAGUAGGAAGUAUAAAUGCUUUUUUUCCAACUUGUGAGUUUUAUUGGGCAUGUGUUAUUACCAAGUACAACAUACAUAUUGAAAAUAUCCCUCAUUUAAGCUGCAUCUUUUUAAUGAGUGGUUUGAUUUACUUUGUAUUUAUAUAUUUAAAAAAAAAAGACUGCCUAAAAUAAGAGCACUGUACUUCAUAAAUAGACAACUUAUGCAGAUUCAGUGUUGCAUUUCUUUGGAUAAUUAAUCAGAUGGACAUUAAAGAUGCAAGUUCUUUAAACUGACAGCAUCAUCUGGAAUGCCCUCUGUAAGCCGUUUUAAAUUUUCCCUCUGCCUUUUUGCCAACAAAGUUGUAAAUAAAGACCAUCAAACGUUAAAAUCACAACACGGGCUUUUUAUUUUUUAUGAUAUUAUAAUUUUUAUAUAAAGUAUGUUGGCCAUACUAUAUAGAUAUGUAUCAAAAUUUUUGUCUCAGUUCAAGUUUGAAAACUAAAUUUCUUCUAAAUAGCUUGAUUACGUAACUAGUAGCUCACCUCAAAACAGAUCCUCAGGACUAUUCUGUUCAUCUGGAAUGCAGGUUUAAACAUAAUCAAUUCUCUAAGUAAUACAUUAGUAUUAAUAAUAACUCCAAGAUACCAUUUACUACCUAAUCCAAGGUGAAAGUGAUACUGCAUACAAGUUAUAUCUUAAACUAAUACCUUUAAACAUCAGUUCCCAUACUACCAGCUUAUGUCUCAGUUAAAUCUUAUCCACAUUCAGAAUAAGAUUAUUUUCUAAGUAAUUGUUGAAGUUCACAGUAAUUGAUAUUGGCAGUCUAUUCUCAACCUUUGGCUUCAAAAAUUAUGUCAGUAAUGAAUCUAGAGUUUUCCUGUAAAGGAGGCUUUGACCUCCGAUACUACAAAAGUACAUGUAACUAUGCCUGGCAGAUAACUAAACCAUAAAACUUAUAAUUAGAUACCUAAUUAGCAAAUAAAAUAGUAAGUUAAUUUUAUCAAUAAUGUCAUAAGAGAGUUUUGGAAUAGGGGGAGAGAAUAACUGACAUUUUUUUGAAGGUGGUGGUGGUAGUGGUGGUAAGGAUACCAUUCCUUGCAAAUAUCCUUUGUUUACCUGGUAGGCACUCUAGAACCUCAGACAUCCUUGAGGAUCUCUGGAAGAUUUUAAUCUCAAAGAACUAAAGCCAGACUCUUGGAAAAUAGGGAAAUGUAAAACCAUCAUCAGUGUUACUCAGUGACUGGUUUUAAUUAUCCAUAAACAUUAUGGUGAUAAAGACAAUCUUAGUACAAAAUGUUUAUUAAAAUAAUUACCCAGUUCUACUUUGUUUCAUAUAUAAAUUAUAAAUGUUUAGAAUUAAUACUUCAAAUGCACUGUAUCAUAAAUUAUCAUUGUUAAUGAUUCAGAGUGGGUAUAGUUGAAAGAAAUGUAAUAAAAAGAGUACUGUGGUAUAGUGGAAAGGGGGAACUGGCCUUGGAGUCAGGAUAAAGGUUUAAAUUCCUACCUCUGACAAAUAACCUGUGUGACCUGAACAAGUCACUUAUUUCCCUGGGGCUCAUUGAUUGCAUGACCUCUGAAGAUCCUUCCAUCUCUAAAUCUAUGAUCCUAUGAAUUAAAGCCACCUAGGUUUUAGUCUCUGCUCAGCCACUAAGUAGACGUUGCAACCUGAAACAAAUCAUUCCAUUUCUCCGAGUUCAUUUUCUAUUACAUGUAGAGUAUGCACUAGAUUAAUUUCUAAGAUUCUUUGCAUCGCUUAAAGUCAGAUUCCUAGUUGGUAAAGACGUCAGUCACCUAAAAGUUGGUAUGAUCUAAAAAGGACUAUAAUUUGCCAAACCUUUUUAACAGCAUGGACUGUGCUUUUAAGGACCGAAUUAAUUUCUUUUCACCUGUAGUGAAAAAAUGUAUUUAACUUAAAUUCCUUGUGUGAAGAAGUUUAUAAACUAUAUAUGCAGGAGUUAUGCCUUAACUUUUCCUUAUCCAGGACCAUGGUAGCUUUUUGAAAAUGUUCAUUUAUCAAUACAUUAUUAAAUAACAUAGAGAAUUUUUAAAAAUUAUUUAAGAGCCUGAUCUUUGCGAGGUGUGGAGAGGCAAGUGAUUUUUCCCCCUCCUUUGUCCUCAUUUUGUAAACUGACUGAAGAUCUUUCAUGUAUUAAAUCAAGAAGUAAAAGAUUUCAUUGACUUUGGUCUUUGAUUUUUGCUGCAUUAAUAUAAGCCUAUAUAAAUACCAAAAAUAGGGUGACAGAUUUUGAUAAUUUGACCUAAGUUUAUAUCUCUAGUCAAAGAAAAAGUUGUUAGUGCCUUAAAACAAAUGUACAAUUUUGAAAUCACAAAAUAACUACAAAUAGAUUUUAGUAUUAAAGAAUUCUUUUUGGUAGCUUGGAAAGAUAUUUCUGAAAAACCUAAGUAAAAUAGUGGGGAAAUAUUUCAGUAUUAAAGUUUUUCCAUGUGUAACUGGCCAAAAGUUCCCUGCAGGAAAUUAUUUUCAGGUUAUCUUUCACCUACCAUGCUUCUACGUUGCUUCCAUCUACAAGAAUUAUUGUGUACUUGGGGAUAAGCUAUUUUACUCAUGCAGCUAUUGACACAGGAUAGGACACUGGCCAUGAAAUCAGAAAAACCUGAGUUUAAAUCUUCCUUCAAACACAAAUAGCCCUGUGAUCCUGAGCAAGUGUUUGCCUUAGUUUCUUCACAUGAAAAAUGGGAAUUAAUAAUAAUUCACAAGAUUGUAAGUAUCAAAUAAGAUAGUAUUUGUAAAAAACAAUUAGCACAAUCCCUAUACAUAGUAGGCACUAAAUAAAUGCUUGUUCUCUUCUUUUCCUCUUCCCAUUUUAAUAUCCAGAAGAAAACGAAAGGGUCCUGAAGUUUUGCUGUGAUUCAUCUUGAAACUAGAGAGAAAUUACUUUUGGAUUGUUCAUGUUAUGGUUACCUUCCAUUUGUUAAAAUAAAGAGUUAAUGCUACUUUGCAAAAUUUAUUUAAAGUCACUUUAAAGUUAACUCAUUUUUUUCUUGGUGUAAGAUAAAGUUCCAUUGGUUAUCUUUUUUCACUCUUGACAAAGGAGAGAAUACCUUUGAUUUGAAUUCGAUAAUAUUAACUUAAGUUUAUAUCAAAAAUCUUUAUAAUUUAAAUGUAAAAGAUUCACAGACUUUAUCCUUACACUUUUUACUAGGAAGUACUUGUAUGAGAUACAACCACUUUUCUAAAGGUUUGAAGAAAUUUAGUAUAGACUAUUACUUCAGCUUUAUAUUCUGUAUUUGACCUCUAUUGUAGAGUGAUUACAACAGGUUUUGUGGGGAUUUGUGGGGUGUUUUUGUCUUGGUAAACUACUUCUGGAAAUGCUAGUUUCAAAAUAGUUCCAUUAUUUUUAUUUUACUUUUGUAGAUGUGGUUAAUUCAUUAUCAGAAAACAAUGAAUGAUUAGUUCAUCUUUAUAUAUUUAUUAUAUAAUUGCAUUUGUCAACUUAAGUUUUAAAAUGUAAUAGCUAUGUAUCUUUUACUCCUAGUUUUUAUCCUAAUUCAACACUGUACCCAGAAAUUUCUCAACAAAUAUGUGAGGGUAGAUGAAGUGUGAUUAGCUCAAUGCAUACCCAUCACCACUGUUAAUAGGUAUAUUUGGGAUCUUUUUUUUCUUUUUUAAUGACAAAACAGUACCACUCAUAAUUAUUUGACUAUUGCCUACCCUCUCUUUUCCCAGAGUUUUGCAUUGCUCUUUUCCUGGUUCUCUUUCCUUAAUGGCCUUCUCACUAAUUUUUUUGCAAAUUCUCCCUAAACAUACAAUCAGAAAAAUGAAACUUUCUCUUGAUUUCAUCCAUGCCCAGGACUUCAAAGGAUCUUCAGCAGCCUUUCCCCUCAGUUCCAGUUUCAUUUUUCUGAUAGUAUGUUUCUACUUUUUUAUAAUUGAAAAUCUGUUACCCUAAAAAAACUACAUUUCCUAGGAACCCACUGAUUUCCUGCUGUUUUAUACUCCCUGUAGACAGAGGAUAUUAGUGAGUGGGCAGUCCUCUUGGGGGCGUUUUACUUCUGAGUUUGGUUGUGUUAAGGCAGGCAUUUGAACUGGCUGAUCAGCCAUGGGCAUGUGAUCUUUAUUUUAUAUCCUCUUUAUUCCUUGAUUCUAAUGAUCAUUAAUAAAUCUCCUAAAAUUUCAAAUAUAUUAUUGAGAAUAAAUUUUAAUUUUUACACCUUAAAAUACUUGGUCCAACAUUGAAUUCAUUCCUCUUCCACAAACCUGUCACUUGCCUUGGCUUCUCAAUUUCUUUCAGUGUUGCCACCAACUUCCAUAUCAUCCAAAUUAACAACCCCAAAAGUAGCUCGUGAGAAUCCGAGUACAUUGUACAAUUAUUUUGCUCCUUUUUCAGUGUUAUGUUUUUCAUUUCCAAGAUCUCUUUCAAGGCAGCAAUUAACCACCAUUAGUCAAUUAAUUGACUUUUUAGGACAUUCCAGUUCUGAUAUUCACUUAACUGGUUAAUAUGUAUGCCAUUCCCAUUCAGUGUUUGCAACUGUGUUUCCAUCUGUGUAUAUCCUAAGCAGCACAAAAUAAACUAGCUCUCCAGUCAAGACUAUUAAUUCCUCAUUUUAUGUUGGAGCUAUACAAUGAGAUUUGAGUAAUUCCAAUAUGAUUGUAUCUGUUUUGAGUAGCAGUUCUUUACCUUCAUAAUCCUAUUCUCUAUAUUUUGAUAAUGUAUAUCUAUGUGCUACAUCCUAAAGAAACUUGUGAAAUUAAAGGUAUGUGAAUAGCUUAAAGCUUUUAAUAUUACUGGCAUUGACUUCAAGUUGUCAUAAUACUCACAUUUUGUAAAGGUUUCCAGUAACCUGUUUUGAAUCUUAUUUUCAGGUUGUGAAUGAUUGUAAAUGCAUAUGUUGUUAAUAAAAUAUUUUUUCAUA